UUAGUGUUUUUAAAAAGAACAAUUUUUAAAAAAUGACAGACAUGUGUCAAAGAAAAUUAAGAGUAUUCGAAAUGAAAAAAAGUUUAAGGAUAAAAAAUACAAAAAGAAUAAAACUAAAAAAUCGUAGUUUAAACUUAAUGCUUUUAACUUUAUCUGAAACAUUCACAAAAGAUUAUAGGCACAGUCGUAAUGAGUUCACUCGUGUUUUCUGAAGAAAAAAUCGAGUGACGAAAUAAGACCAAGUAAAGAUAAUCUACGAGACGGAUUUUUUUAAAAUACUAAACGAUAACUGAGGUUAUUUUUUUUUAUUUUUAAUUGUUGAGGUUAACGAUGUAUUAAUAUAUUAUUAGUUUUCUUUUGAAGUUACUCAGCGUACUGAAAUUUCAAUUGUUGGUAAAAAAAAAACUCAUUAAUAACUGUAUCUUUUUGCUUAAAAUAAAUAUAAAUUCUCAUGAAAUGCGCUUCAUUGCAUAACACCAUUGAUAGAAUGUCAGUUCCAGCAUGAUUGUCUCAAAAAAAACGUUAUCACCGAGAAAAACUGUUACCAAGAAGGUUUUUACAGUGUACUUUGUUGUAGUGUGAAAUUUUUAUUCAUUAAUGUUUUUAUACAAACUACCUUGAAUUCGAUCGUUGAUUAUAUGAUGUUUCAAUUCCUUAAGGAAAAUAUAACAAAAAAAAGUAGAGAAGAGCUCAUAGAAUUGGGUUUACAAUUACAUGAACUACUUACACAAGCUUUUAAAGAGCAACAAAAUACUGCACGGAUAAAGACAAGGUGUCGGCUGUUAGAGCAAGAACUUGCUUAUCUUAAAUUGCCAAAACAAACGAGUAAUUACGAGAACAAAGUACCGGAAGAUCACUAUCGACUUGCAGCGGAACUCGUCGAGCAAAAUCAUGAAUUGAAAUCUCGGUUAAAUAUACUUGAAGAUACUUUACCUCUUACAUUACCUAAAUCUUUUGCUCGUAUUCAAGCUGUCAAAAUAACAAUUAGUUUAACUAUUAAUAAUAAAAAAACGAGUAAUGCAAGUUUUUCAACGUCGAUAGAUGCAAAAUCAGAAAAUUCUUUAUCUUGCUGUACCAAUGAAAUAUAUAAAACUGACGUCAAUAUAAAAAGUUGCUCGACAAAUAAUGAAUGUACUUCAAAAACUCCACCAGCGCCUACGACAGCAACAGAAAAGAAAAGAAGACCUCAAAAUCUUCCUAAAGCACCACCCAAAUUGUUCAAACCCAACCCGCCCGUUUUAAGUCAAACAGCAACUCAUCGUCGGCUACCGUUUUGUUGGCCAUCUGUCCCCAGUGACUCCCCACCGCGUAUACGUGUAACUAAUUCCACGACCAAUGAAAAAAGCCCAGGUAGAUCAGUACGUGCAACUUGCAAAAAUGAGAGCGAUACUAAAGACGAACAAUGUUUACCAACUAGAAUAAAAGGAUCCAUUUUUGAUUUUUGCUCUUCCACCCAGACUAACGAAAAGUUUGAACGAAUGUUAUUAGACUCAAAAUUAGAUGAAUGGUUUACCAAAAAAAGUGUUGAACCAUCACAAAAAAAAAAUAAUGCUUCAGAAAGUUUUAUAAGUAAUUUAUCGGCAAAACGUUUAUGCGUUCUAAGUCCAGCUGCGUCUCAAAAAUAUUUGAUCAAUAUACGUUGUUUAACAAAACCGUAUGGCCAAGUUGACUCUUGGAACCGCUUUAAGGAAGCCAUGUUUCAGUGCCAAUUAACUAAAUAUCAAAUCAAUUUGUUACUAGAAACUGUUCCUGAUCGCGAAAUUUCUCAAGGUUCUCGGAAACUUCAAGAGUGGGAAGAUCAUGUAGCGAAGGUUUCCCAAUUAAAAAUGAAAGAUCCUGAGAUUGAGUUAUACGAAGAAGAACAAUUUGUGGAUUUUAUAUCUACAUUUCCUAAUAUACAUCAACGUUUGCAGUGCAUGUUAGUUAUGAAAAUGUUUCCUGAACUUUUAUGUAAUUUAAAUGGUGACAUGGAUGCACUUUUCGACGCUAUUGAAGCAAUUAUAAAAAGUGAAGGAUUAGCUUGUUUUUUUCAUGCUAUUCUUUUAAUUGGAAAUCGUCAAAACGAAGAUACGCGCUUAGGAAAUAGAAAAUGGUUUCGAAUUUCUACUUUGAAACGUGUCAUUAAUUACCGUGGUGUCGGUUCUAAUGGAAAAUCAUUGUUGACUUUCAUUGCAUCCCACUUGCAUUCUAUCAUAGAUCCUGAUGAGCUCACUUGCUUAGAAAAGGCAGCGCAAAUAUCGAUAGCGCAGAUAGUGCAAAAAACAACGCACUUGGAUGAAGUUUUCAGCUUACUGUCCGACGAAACAACCGAUGGUGCAGAAAAAAAAUUGUUAGUCAAUUCCAACGAUAUCAACGAUGAAUUCAUUUCUACUGGAAAGCAAUUUGUGCUUGAAAACAAACAGAAAUUUAUUGAUUUGAAUCAAGAUAUGCAAAGGUUACUUCAGAAUUAUCACUCAUGUGUUACUUAUAUUGGUGAUCCAGAAGCAUUUCUUCCAGUCCAUAAAAAAGUUCAAGAUGAACGCAAUCCAUCACAGACUCGAUUUGUACAAGACGUGUUUUCUCUUCUAGUAGAAGUUUUACAUAAUUACCGUACGCAUUUAAGAGAAGUAGAAGAAAAUAAAACGAAAACACAUACAACGGUGAAAUCUGAUAAAAACAUUCAGCCGCUAUUUUCUGACAAUUCAGUUUUGAAAGAGCAAAUUAGUGUCACCCAGGGUUCAAGCGCAGACCUUUUAUCAAAUAAUGUGGUUCCUACUCUUGAAAAGAAAGUAAUUUAUGUACCUGCGAAAGACACCACAGAAGAACUCACUUUUCUUAACGAAGAAAAAUGCUGCGAAAAAGAAAAAUCAAUUGAUGCUCAACUGUCAAGACCAAAAAAAACGAAUUCGGCUCCAUUUCUCGAAUCGGGAACUGCCAUCACACUUCCAAAAGUAGAUGAAGCAGUGCAUCAUAUCAUAAGUGUUUCGUCCCCCAAAAAACAAUCAAAAUUAGAUGGUUCAAUCAUUUCUGCGCCUACACUUUCUCCAACUACCCCAAAUAUUUUUAGCGAUAAAUCGUUCACUCAAGAAAUGAAACCCCCGAUCAGUGAAAAACUAGUUUCGGAUUCUCCUUCUUUGGUUGAAACAGUCAGUACACAGGAGACAAUGCCUGUAGUAACAAUGUCCACAACACUUGAAAAUUCUACCCCAUUGGACAGUGAUAACGUGAAAAGAAACAGUAUUUUAAACGUGACGACUUACUCAGAAAACGCUCGUUCUUGUAUUCCUCAAACUAUCAGUCUACUAAAUAACCCUAUUCUUAAGGCCCAAAGGCGUCGGGAAUCGUUAAGAACAGUUGCAAAUUUUUUUACUGACGAGCGAGAAUUUAGAAAUGAUAUAUCAAGUAAUGACACAAGUCUUUUGUCACAUUCUUUAACACGACCUAGGGUAAGUCAACUCGACACCAAUAAAUCAAAUCGAUCAUUAUUAAAUCCUCAUCGUUCUUCAUCAAAUAAGUUUGUAACGGGAACAGAUUCAGAUACAUCCAAUAAAACAUUAGAACGUUUUUCGAUGCGUAUGCAACAGUCAAUGCUGUCAAAUCCAACUUCUUUGUUAGGAAAGCGUAUUGCAUCGCGUCGACUAGCUAAUACCAAACUUGAAACCGUUUUGGAAGAAGAAGGAAAUGAAGGUUAAGAGCUAGACAGUUUUGGAUAAAAGAACCCCAUAAUUCUUUUAUUUUUGAUUCAAUAACCUUUGUCGCAGCCAACAAAUUAUUGUCUCCAAUGCUCUAUUCAAUUAAGUCUUUUUAAAAAAUUUUAUCAAUACAUUUCUUAAUCUAUCCGAUUUCAUUCAAUGUACUACUUAUUAAGGAUGAAUAAUGUAGGAAGUUGACAUGUGCUUUUUUCUUGACGCAAACAAAAAAU